AUGAACCGACUCAGCAUGGAGAAUCUAACAGAGCGAAUCACCAAAGACCUGGACUUCCAGCUCCAGGAUCCAUUCCUGCUUUACCGCACUGCACGAUAUGAAGAGACUCCUGGGGGACCAUCCAUGUUUCGUGGUAUAAUCACAAAGCUGGCUUCUGUUCCCAUUGGCUUGUUCAACUUUGUCUCUCUCUGCAUCUCAAACCCCCUUGUCUUCUUCCCAGUGGUAAUCCAUGGGAUUUGGUUCUAUGAUAAGGAGGACUGUCGACGCAUUGCCCAGGGGAUGAAGACUCUGACCCAACAGGAGCAGGUCCUGGCUCAGUCCCACGGUGGUUGGUUAUCCCGAGGAGGAGUAGGGGGAGGAGGAGAAGGUGAAGUAAAGGGAGUGGACAUCAUCCAGAUGUUAACCAAAGCCCGCACAGAGUAUGAUAAGGAAAAGUCAACCUCAGAGCCAAAGGAGAUUGGUGGUAGAGGCGUUCUAAGUGGAAACCCCAACCUGAUUAAACCAAUACCCGUUAAACCAAACACUCAGGACAAUGAAGGUGCUGAGCCCAAGCCUCUUUCUUUGGCUACUCUGUUUGGCUCUCAGCAUCAGCAUCGCUCAUCUAAACCUGACUCUGUCCCUCUUGUGAAUGCUUCACCAAUGGGAUCAUCAACAGGAAAUGAAUCUCGCCCGCCUGUAGCUCGCACACUCACCUACGAUGAUACUGUGAAUUCUGGCAGAAAUGUGGCCUCUGAUGGAGGUAUCAAGGCUGUGGUUGGGCAAGAUGGAGGAAAUGCUGUUUCUGGCUUGCUGCAAAGUCCCACUAAUUCUCACCAGCUGCAGCCUAACCAACCGCAGCACUGCCCGGCCAUCGCAAAGCUCAUGCAGGGACAGAGAGGUGUCGGUAGUGUUGGUGGGGUGCUGCAGACAGUAUCCGAGUCCCCCGAGAACCGGCUGUGUGACAACGGGGUGCUGCUGGAGCAUCACCCCCAUCACCAUCAUCUUUAUCACCAUCAGCAGCCACACCACCAUCACCCGCAUCAGCUUCAACCUGACCCAAUCAAGAGACUUUUCCAAACCCAGCCACCUCCUCCACCCACAACCUCUUUCUCCUCUGCUGCCCCUAAGUGUUGCUCUAACCCUCAUCUCUCCUCCCAGCCUGUACUAGUGGAUUCUGCAUCAUGCGCUCACCUUCAAGCGCAACAAAGCCAGCAGCUGUUUUUCAGCCUGUCCAAUUCUCAACCUGAAAUGCAGAACAGCCAAACAGCUUCAACCGCACAGGGAACAGGACUGUCUCAGAUGCCAGGUAUGGUGUCACCUCAUGAGCUCCUCCAAAAGCUCCAGUUGGUCCCGCAGGAGCAAAGCCUGGCUUCUAAUCUCCUGCCUCGAAUCUGUCCAGGACUGGCUCCUCGAUUCUUGGGGCCUGCUCAAAGUCAGGGUGCAGGCUCAGCUUUAGCCACUGUCCCAAACCCAACUGCAGGCACUGCAGCUCAUAAAGCGGCACUGCAGUUACAGAGGAUACCAGCCACUGUGGCCCCAACUCUGCUCCUUUCUCCCAGUGUAUUCAUCCAGACAAAGUCAAGCAGUGGGUUGUCAGCAGUUGGUCAGGAGAGCUGCCACACACCCUUAACUGUGCCAAGACCCCCCCUGCAAGAGGAGGCUAGAAUCCUUUCCAGAAGUCAGCUUCAAGCCACACUGCUGCAUCUGAUACAGACUGACAGCUCAUUCCUGGACUCCAUUUAUGAAGCAUAUGUCAGCCGCUUUGCUAAGGACUCCAGCAGCAAAGUCGUGGUUUUCAGUUGGUGAUCAGCUUGUGUGUUAAACUCAUAUAUAGCCAGCCUGGACAGUAGCUACCAGACAGACACAUCAGCAGCAACAAAGGCAGAGAAUAUCUUUCAGGAAAAAAAAAAAAAAAAAGAUUUUAUUCCAUAUUUUU